AUGGCAGUGAAUGAGACGGUGAACCUGUCGAGCCGGCUGCCCGCCCUGCACGGUAACUCUUCCCUGGAGCUGCAGUCACAAAUGCCGCGGCUGGCGGUCGAUCCCUGGGACGUGAUGCUGUGUAUUUCGGGGACGGUCAUUGCCUGCGAGAAUGCGCUGGUGGUGGCAAUACUGUUCUACACCCCGGCUUUACGAACGCCUAUGUUUUUGUUGAUCGGCAGCCUAGCGACAGCGGACCUCCUGGCCGGACUGGGGUUAAUCCUGAAUUUCUUUUUCCAUUACCUGAUCCACUCGGAAACAAUUAACCUCAUCACCGUGGGCUUUUUGGUCGGCUCUUUCUCUGCUUCGGUGAACAGUCUGUUAGCCAUAACGAUCGACCGCUACCUUUCGUUAUACAACGCAUUGACUUACUAUUCGGAAAGGACGGUAGCCUACACCCACAGCAUGUUGGCCGCGGCCUGGGGCGUUUCGUUUUGCCUCGGCCUGCUCCCUAUCCUGGGCUGGAACUGCCUCAAGGACGCGUCUACCUGCAGCAUCGUGAAGCCCCUGACCAGGAGCAACUUGACGCUGCUGUCAGUUUCCUUCUUUCUGAUCUUUCUCAUUAUGUUACACCUUUACAUUAAAAUAUGCAAAAUCGUGUGUCGCCAUGCCCAACAGAUUGCCCUGCAGCAACACUUCUUCGCAAACUCUUACUACGUGACCACCAAGAAGAGUGUCUCCACUCUCGCCAUCAUUGUCGGCACCUUCGGGACCAGCUGGCUGCCUUUCGCCAUUUACUGCCUGGUCGGGGAUCAUGCCUACCCGGCUGUGUACACCUAUGCCACUCUCCUUCCUGCUACGUACAACUCCAUGAUCAACCCCAUCAUUUAUGCUUUCAAGAAUCAGGAGGUGCAGAAAGCUACCUGGGUUUUAUUUUGUGGGUGUUUCCAGUCCAAUUCCUCCUUCCAUUCAAGGUCACCGAGUGAUGUCUAG